CUAAUCUUAUAGACAGAAAGAACAGAAAUCAUUUUUUUCUCCAAGUAUAUCGGAGUUUCUCAAAGCUCACAAAUCCAGGAAACCCAAUUAUGUCUUCUUGCGCCUCAUUCAUUUUCCUUUUUCUUUUCUCCUUUCUCACUAGUUUCAGAGCUUCUGCUCAAGAUCCCAAUUAUGUAUACCACAUCUGUCCAAAUACGACAACUUUCUCCAGAAACAGCACUUACUUCACCAAUCUCAGGACCCUUCUGUCUUCUCUCUCUUCCCGCAACGCCUCCUACUCCACCGGAUUCCAAAACGCCACCGCCGGGCAAGCCCCGGACAGGAUCACCGGACUUUUCCUUUGCCGUGGAGAUUUCUCGCCGGAAGGUUGCCGCAGCUGCGUGGCCUUUGCCGUCAACGACACCUUAAAUCGGUGUCCGAAUGAGAAAGAGGUCGUGCUGUAUUACGAUGAGUGUAUGCUCCGAUACUCUAACCGGAAUAUUCUCUCGACACUAAGCACCGGUGGAGGAGUGGUCUUAUGGAACACCCAAAAUGUUACAUCUAACCAAAAAGACCAGUUCAGAGAUUUGGUCGGUUCGACGAUGAACCAAGCCGCCGCUGAAGCCGCGAGAAGUCCCAGAAAAUUCGAUGCGAGAAGAGCCAAUUGGACUGCACUCCAGAGUUUUUACGGAUUGGUUCAGUGCACUCCUGAUCUGACGAGACAAGACUGUUUGAGUUGUCUGCAACAGAGCAUCAAUCAGUUACCCACUGACAGAAUUGGGGGAAGAUUUAUUAUGCAUAGCUGUAGUUCAAGAUACGAGCUUUACGCGUUUUACAACGAAUCGGCCAUUUCAUUACCUCCACCACCACCACCACCGCCUAUUUCUACUCCUCCUGUCUCAGCUCCUCCGCCUCCUGGGAAAGGUGGGAAUUCGACUGUGUUAGUGGUAGCCAUUGUUGUGCCUGUUAUAGUGGCUGUUCUGCUUUUCAUUGCUGGUUAUUGUUUCCUUGCAAAGAGGGCAAAGAAGGCUUAUCACACAUCGUCAGCAUUUGAUGGAGAUGAUAUAACAACUGCAGACUCGCUGCAGCUCGAUUAUAGAUCAAUUCAAACCGCAACAACUGAUUUUGCAGAGAGUAAUAAGAUUGGUCAAGGUGGAUUUGGCGAGGUUUACAAGGGUACGUUAUUGGAUGGGACCGAGGUUGCGGUGAAGAAAUUGUCAAAAUCAUCAGGACAAGGUGAAGCAGAGUUCAAGAACGAGGUUACUGUUGUUGCAAAGCUACAACAUAGAAAUCUGGUUAGACUCCUCGGAUUUUGUCUAGAAGGAGAAGAAAGGGUACUCGUCUACGAGUAUGUGCCCAACAAAAGCCUUGAUUACUUCUUGUUUGACCCUGCAAAGCAAGCUCAGCUAGACUGGACUAGACGAUACAAGAUUAUUGGUGGAGUUGCUCGUGGGAUUCUGUAUCUCCAUCAAGAUUCACGGCUCACAAUCAUACAUCGUGACCUCAAAGCGAGUAACAUUCUCUUGGAUGCGGAUAUGAAUCCUAAAAUUGCAGAUUUUGGAAUGGCUAGGAUCUUUGGUUUGGACCAAACCCAAGAGAACACAAGCAGAAUAGUUGGUACCUAUGGUUACAUGUCUCCCGAGUAUGCAAUGCAAGGUCACUACUCAAUGAAAUCUGAUGUCUAUAGCUUCGGAGUGUUAGUUCUUGAGAUUAUAAGCGGCAAGAAGAAUAGCAGUUUCUACCAAACUGAUGGCGCACAUGACUUGGUCUCAUAUGCGUGGAGGCUUUGGAGUAAUGGGACACCGUUAGACCUCGUGGACCCAAUUAUUGUAGAUAAUUGCCAAAGGAAUGAAGUUGUUCGAUGUGUCCAUAUUGGUCUUUUGUGUGUUCAAGAAGAUCCUGCAGAUCGUCCAACCUUGUCAACCAUUGUUCUGAUGCUCACUAGUAACACUGUUACAUUACCUGUGCCUAGGCAACCAGGUCUUUUCUUUCAGAGUAGACCCGGAAAAGACCCGCUUGAUUCAACGACCAAGUCUCUUCUAGGGUCUGUUGAUGAUGCCUCAAUCACAGAAGUAUAUCCUCGUUGAAGGCAGAUGUUUGUUUACCAUUCAUGCUUGAUUCCUAAAGCAACCGGUGUUGAAAAUAAGUUGAGAAUUUUUUUUUGAUAUAGCUGUUUGUAUUGUAAGUGUAACCACAAAGCAUAUAUGAGAAUUAUACUAUUUACACGUUU